UCGCAUUUAUAGUACAAAAAAAAAGAAAAAAAAAAAAAGACGGCUGGUCGCAACCUGUCCCUCGACUCCGACCUUUUGUUCGUUGCAACUCGGUCUCUCUCUCUCUCUCUUUCUCAUUCUCUUUCUCUUUCUCUCUUUCUUUAUGUUGUACCCCCCCUCGACCCUUCGCAAACAUCUUCUCGUGACCGUUAAUGUCGCCUUGCACCGAUACGAUCUGGAUAAUUAACCGCGAUCUUAGCCGCAUCGCUCCUCGUUAGAUCUCUGUUUGCGAUAUGCGAGCUUUACACAAAGCAUGUGACUAAUCGGAAUCGUUUGUUCACCGCAUCAGCAAAUUAACAUCGACAACUGAUUGUCUAUCCUCACAGUGGCUGCUUAAAAAAAUUGAUCGAGGAUAAAAAAAAAAAAAAACCUGAUCAACCAAGAUCGAAACAACGUCGGAGCGAUUUGGAGCUCGGGAAAUGUCGAUUCGAACGCGCGAUGAUCAGUAUAGUGAACAUUCACGAGUGACCAUUUUUUUUAAAUGUCUUUGUUUACGUGAUGUUGCUUUUUAAAGUGUUUGCCGUUGUUUAUCGAAUUUCAAUUCAAUGUUUACCGAAUGUUCUUCGAUCACGCAUUACCGGUCGAAAUGUUCCGAGCGUGUCGGAUCGUGUGCGCGAAGAGUUGACUCUUCCAAUCUCAUUUUCGAUUGGAACAUGUAUAUUCUAGUACAAGGUUGAAAUAUGCUCACACACACCAGACCGGAACAUUCGUAACGAGCAGGCGAAACGGUCGCGAUGCUUUAUUAAAAACGAAUCCUGUAACAAAGCACAAUCGGUUUUCUCACAUUUUGAGUACAGUUACUGAAACUUGUUGAAAAGCAACAAAAUGGUAUCAACUCGUCAGUCAAGUAACAUGGGAAGCAGCAGCAGCAGCAGCAGUGGUGGAUCAGUGAGUGAAGUUGUAGAAACAAGUUCCUUAAAGAAACAACAGCCAUCAGCAAGCACGUCCAGUACAUCUAAUGGAAAAUCCAUUGAAGUGCGCAAUGUAAAUCUCUUGGAUUUACCUCUCGAAAUUCUGCAAAAAAUCUUUAAUUAUUUAGAUUACAAUACAGUGGCUCAUAUGCGCUUGGUUUGUCAUCAAUUUGAUCGCAUUUGCGGAUCAAUACUAAACUGGACAUUUCAAAAGCUACAAGGUCAAAUGCUGAGCCGUUUUCAGGCUAUCAAAGCGCAAAUGCCCAGACGUGAAUCCGCGCGUCGUACUCAUCCGUUGGCAUGCGAGUCGGACAUCAUAGAGACUUUGCACAUGCGACUUACCUUAUUACAAAUGAGCUUCGGCAAGCAUAUCGAGCGAAAGCACUGUUGCUUCUUCCCGGGUGAAAUACUAGACGAAGUUUAUCGCAUCUUACAUUAUAUAAAAGUUACUCCAAAAUUAUCGAAACCUUACAAGGUUACUGACGAAUUGUUUGAUCUAAGUACUAUGGCCAUGGAAUACUUCAAAGAACACAUCGAACCGACAUUACCGGAAAUACCGUACUUUGGUGCUGAUUUUCUCGAUCUUGCAGGAACGUUUUCUUCUUCUUCUAGUGUAAGUAAAUCAUUUAUGCGCUUGGAUUCUGCGCCUUUGACCGUCAGCGGUGGAAAAACGGGCGAUACUGGUGAAGAAGAGGGUUCUCCGUCAGACGAUCCUGCUCUCUUGGAUUCUAAUGUGUCGCCACCGCAAUCAAAUAUGGUCUUGCGAAAACGGAUUCGCAAAAUCAAACAGGGCAUGAGACGAUACAACAAUCAGCUGACAUUAAUGCGCAGGGAUUUGAGAAGUUGCAAGGCAAAAAUUGCAGAACAACAGAAACAGAUUCUCGAGUACGCCACUCGACUGGAUGACAAUGAUAAGAAAAAUGAAGAGACAUCGCGAAAAUUCAGCACACUCCUACAGGAAUUGAACAAAUGCAAAACCGAGUUACAGUAUUGGCGAUCCAAGUCACCAGCAAUACCAGUGUGCGUAGGCUGUGGCCAGUCAAUGCCAGUUCCUACGGAAGAUCUGCACGCUUUAGCCAAUCAGGGAGUGUUGUCGAAUGCGCUUGGUGAGGAGCACGAUUUUAUUCCCAUCCCGGAUGCUCACAGACCUACCGAGGUGGCACUGCAACCCAUAGUUACGCAAUCCACGUCGACGCCGACGGAAAUGGCACCCCCAAAGGCUCCUGUGCCUUCAAUAUCCUUCAAACGGAAAUCCACUACCGUAGAGGAAACUUCGAGCGAUGCCGCGAAAAAAUCACGUCGCACUGCCAAGUCUCGUCAGGCCAAGCGCUCAAAAAUAUAAAUUGAUAACACUGAUCAUGGUACAAAUAUCUGUUCAAUCAGUCUCUCCAAUAGGUUUCCGAAGAUGGGAGACUUUCUAAUAAUGGUUUACGCGCGUUUCUUUAUGCCAGCAAGCCGAUAUGAUCUUAGAAAAGUACAAAAUUCCUCACUGAACGUCCUGCAUUUCGCGCAACGAACCUCGUUUUGGAAAUUCUAACCGUAAUUGAUUGCCGCGAGUGUAGAGAUUACAGUUAUAAGGUGGAUUUUUUGAUUAUCUCACGGACGAAGUUUAUUACCGCCGACACACACGGCGCGUGUUGAUAUGAAUAUUCUAAAGAAGCCUAGCCGAGAUCAUUCGCUUUGCUCGUAAAGUAACGUCUGAUCAAUUUUUUCUGAAUUCUUAGAAUUCUUUUGCAAUUAAUGCUGCGGUACACUCAAAGGUAACAGAGAGGAUUCAAAUCGCGUUUGUCAUGCAUUUAAUAACGAUAUCACAUAAUAUUUAAAUAUCAACGUUAGUGAGAUGACGAGAUAUUCGCCUUUCAUUUUGCUCUUCAAUUAAAAAUGUUUUUAUCUUGAUUUUCGGAAUGGUACAUCAUCUCUCUUUGCUAGAACAAAAAUUAAACAUUGCAUUUUUACUGAUGUAUGGCGGAAUAGGACAAUACGAGAAUAGACAGAAAAAGAGAAAGAGAGAACUGUUUAAAUCUCAUGAUGCUGGCUUCUAUAGAAAAAUUAGCAUAUUUGUUUCAAAAUUAACUUUUUGAGGAAAUUGUAUAUUUAAUUUUUUUUGUGCAUUUUAUUUAUCAUUUUUAUUAUGGUGUAUAAAUUGUACAACAUAGCUUGUGGUAACUCGCGUACAAAGUUGAAAUCUAGCCUCAAGCAAAUUUCGUUUCGCUGAUCGAUUUAAAAAAAAAAGUACCUGAGAGGACUGAUUAAGACUGGUUCGCGCAGGUACUACAAAUGCACUAAAUAAUCAUAUCAAUUCAUCCUGAGUAUUUAAGCUCGCUCAAUUUGUAAAAUUGAUUGAAACAAACGUUUAGAGAUGUGCCGUUUUAGAUUUUAAUUGUCUGAUUAUAAUACAAGUAUAGUUUGUGUUCAACCGCGUUCUUUAGAUCGAGUGAGUUCACGUAGUCAGAUGAAAUCAAAAAAACACUUGUACGAUAAAAAAAAGUUUCGUCCCAGUCUUACGACACGAGAUGACCAGAAAAUGUCUGAUGCGAGUUCAGAUUAUAAAAGAGUAAAAUGUUGAUGAAUAUCACCCGAAAGGGGUGUUAGUUAUUUUUAUGAAUGCGCCAUCUUAUUCGCAAGCACUUAAAUAAGAUGGUGUACACAUUGCAAUAUAUUAAUAGAGAAGUAGACAAUUAUUUAUAGAUAUAUUCUAUUUAGAUAACAAAUUGGGUAUCAUACCAUUUUUGUACAUUAAAAUGCGGAAAUGAAGAGUUUUUGUUAUUAAUAAAAUUGUCGAAAAUUUUUUCAUAUUUAUGAGAAUAUAUAUUUGGAUACUAUAAUUUAAAAAAAAAAAGUAUGUGAUGAGCGUUCAUACGAUGUUCGUAAAUUGCAACAAUUGAGAGUACAUUGCGACAUUUCCGGAACUUUGACGAUUUUACCUUGCGGGGAGGAAUGAUUAUUGGAUAGGAGCAAUUAACGGUCUUAUUUGCACCGAUCAUCCAAUUUAUCUCAAAGUGUAGUUAAAUAUUGUGAUUUAUUCAUGAUUUUACUUAUAAAAAAAAAGUGAAAAAUAAAGAUAAAUAAGUAAAUGACAUUAUAAAAAUAUACAUAUAUAUUUAUAUAUGUAUGUAUAUAUAUUAUGAGUGGUACUUGUCGAGAUACGUAGACCACGCAAAAUACUUUAGUUUAUACUAUAAAAGAACAAUAAGAUUAUAACAAUUAAUUAAUUGAUUGAACAAUUUUUAAUUAACGAUAAAAUAAUUAUUGAAAUAU